ACAUAAGGAACAAAAACAAUAAUUACUUAGCAAUAGUAAAAGCUAUGGAUGAGUUGUAUAUAUUUCAUAGUGGUUAUAGAACACUAGCAGCUAUAGAAAAUGAAAUACCACGAGAAUAUGCUAUAUCAAAUGCUAAAAACCAAUUAAAUAAUCAAAUGAAUAAUGCGAUACCUAUUUAUUUGUUUAAUAUUACAAAUUGUAAAUAUGAUGAUAAUUCUGAUCAUCUUACUGGAAAUGUUGAUUAUUGA